AUGUCCACAGCGAUGAGGCCGAUAUACGGGAGGAUACAGUACAAGCUCACGGACGCGCUGCAGCCGGCUACGCUCGUCAUCAAGGACGAGAGCUUCCAGCACGCCGGGCACUCCGGGAACCCAUCCGGGGAUCCGGACGCGGAGACGCACUUCAACGUCGAGGUCGUGUCCGAGGCGUUCAGCGGGAAGCUCCCCGUCGCGAGGCAUCGGAUGGUGUACGCGCUCCUGGACGAAGAGAUCAAAGACGGCGUGCACGCGCUGUCGCUGAAGACCAAGACGCCCGCGGAGGCGGCGAAGUAG